CUGACAUCUGUCAAAUGACUCAUUUUUAGGUUACAAAAAAUAAACAACAAACAAUGGAUUUAACGAAAGUUCCCAACGAGAAAAAGUUAAAUUUGUGCAGGACGUAUUUUAAAAUUGGUUUUGCCUUACUACCAUUUAUAUGGACUGUUAAUGCCAUUUGGUUUUUCAAUGAGGCUUUUAGGAAGCCAGAGUACGAGGAACAAAAACAAAUUAAGAAAUAUGUGGUUUAUUCAGCUAUAGGAGCAAUAUUAUGGUUUACGAUACUCUUAUCAUGGUUAAUAACAUUCCAAAUUAACAGAGUUACCUGGGGAGAAUUUGCUGACAAUUUAUCGUUCAUCAUACCUUUAGGUUCGCCUUAAUUAUUGUAACAUGGA